GGAAAGGCGUGAGUCUCGCGUAUUCGGCGACGAACGGUCUCAGCGAUGAGGCCGAGCGUCGUCCGACGAAGUCGUCUCGGUCGUGAACGUGCACGACUUUGCGAUCUGAGCGCGUCAACGUCGCGGCGAGUGCUCGCUCGCGCUUGGUACAUCCGUGUCAGCCGAGUAAAACUUUCAAGGUCCGUGGUACAUACGUAGUAAGGUGCGUUUCCACCGUGUGUGGUGCGACGAAGGCGCGUAUAAAUUACAGCAUUAUCGUGCACGUUAUACGGCCAUCGGGUGAGUGAUGACAGCGAUCGUCGUUGGCCGUACGACGCGACAGAGCAAAGGUUCUCCUGCUCUUGACUUGCUUACUGGGCGAUCUCUAUGUAUAAGGAGAAUAAUGUAAUUACAAUAAAAAAUCCUAACAAAACAAUGUACAAUGAACUACAGUGGAAAUAUGCCAGAUUGGCAUCAGUAUAAUCCACCGCAAUCAGGAAUAAACGACGUGACCACCACUGCUCAAAAUGUCAAUUCGGGACAUCUGCCGUUUAUCUCCAGCAUCAACCCGCCGACGCAGCUGAAUCAUGGCUUGAACCUCAAUACAGAGGGACAUGAGAAGCACCAGAACGACUCCACAUUUAAUGCCAGGCAUUUCCAGCCGCAUCUGUCGAGCAACAUCUCACACGGCCAUAAUGCCGCCGACAGCAACCCCAUUGCAUCGAUGGUGCAGAUGCAGAACUGCAUUGGUCACUAUGGGCCUUCGAAUACGCGAAAUCCCAUAGUGGAUAAUCUGAACGGGCCGAUGGACCCGAGGAACACCGCGAUAGGCGGGCUGAACGAUGAGCUAGGCUACAGGAAUAACCAGGUGCCUUUGAACGGGCCUAUCUCCCACCUGAACGGACCAAAUGUGAUGAGCAUGAACACUCCUCAUGGAUCUAUAGGACCACGUAAUGCCAACGUAAAUUCGCACGCCAGCAGCAGGGCAGGUCCGUCUUUUGUUUCGUGCAAGGGACUGUGCUGCAACCCGGAUCCCAACAUAAGCUACCAGCAGUGGGAGAAGUACUGCUCUUACCAGAGUAAUACGACUUAUCGCGACAACAUUCGCGCGUCCGGAUACCAGACGGACACGCGACGAUUCGGCAACGAUUUCAACUUCAGGAAGGACAAUUUCGAUGGUAAGGAAGUCUUGCCGCCCAAUAUCGUGCCUAGCGCGCCUAAUGCGGAUCACCGAAGGAACUACCCCGACUACAAGUAUCGCAAGGACCGUCUGUUCCCGCGGAGCUACCCGCCCAGUUCGGGUAUGCUGCAAAACUAUCCCAUGCAGAACUACAACUAUACGGGAGAGUACCAGAAGUAUCCUUACAACGCGAAGGAAUAUUCCAAGGUAAACAAUAUGAGCAUACCAAGUCAGGGAAUGGUGAAGCACCAGGAGCAGAGUUUCAUGGCGCAACAGAAGUACAACAAGCAGCAGCAGCAGCAGCAGCAGCAGCAGGUGCCGUAUCAGAACAACGCUAUGAUGUCCAGCAGCAUGCCGUCCACGAACGUCAAUCCGAGCAUGAUGCCGUCUACGCAGAACACCUACUUCAAUCCGCAAUAUCCGCAGAAUCUGUCGACGACGGAGACCGCGCACGACUGCCAGGAAGUCGCCGACAACGCAUCCAUGGUGAACAGAAUGCAGAUGUCGACUAUGCAUCCUCCGCUUUACUCUCGAUUCCAGACGUACCAGCACAAGAUAGCGAUGCAACGAUUCUCAAUGGAAAAUCAACUGAAAGAACUGGCGAGGAUACCGGGCUACCAAACACAUCCCAGGUACAAGGAGUGUCUUCUGAAGUACAAAGAACUAUUGAAAAUGCAACAGUCCGUCACAUACCAAGGGCAGAUUCAGCAGACUCCGUGCGUCACCACGUCGACCGUUAACACUUCAGUGCCGCCUAUAAAUCUGCAGUUUGACCAGAAUGGUGUUCUGAUCAAUUCUAACUACAUGCCCGAGGCUUUCCCGCGAGUACAACAGGUAUUGAAUCCACAGGCACCGGCGGACAGCUCGGAUAAGCAGAACAAGCAGGAGAGCAAUGGUGUCCCUAAUAUGGGGAGCCAUAGUGUUCAGAAACCGGAGCAGCUAAUGCCUCAGCAACCUCAGCAUGACGUUCAUGCGCCCGUAUUGUGUCCGAAUACUCUUCAGAAGCAGGAGCAACGGUAUCCUGUGCAAAAGAACCUUGAGCCGAACGUGCAGUUCGAGGUACAGCAGAAAACUGCAAGCGAGAGCUUCAACAAUCUGAAUAGCGGCACGAGCGACACCGCCAUACAGCAAAAAAUCUCGAAAGAAUUUGCCGACAAACCGGAGCUAGAUGUCCGGCAAUUUCUGGCCAAUUGGGACGAAUCCGAAGACGAGGACGGCACGAGUUCCAACAUGCAGAACGUCGUCCUCAGCAAUUCGACGCCAGUGGUGGUCGUGGGCUACGAAAACGUGGAUCUCUCGGCGAAAACAUUGGUAAGCCUGGAGGGUUCCAAGCCGGAGAAGAUCCCAUCGGGUGUGAUAGCGUUUGAGAAUCAAGACAAGAGCGACGCCAACGUAGUACCCGCGCAAGACUGCCUCACAAUAUCGUACUCGUCUGCAAAGAAUGUCGAGAUCACGAAGGAUACUUGCAAGGAGAUCGCCAAGGAUGGUAUCGUACAACCGGGAAGUAUCAUACAGUGUAUCAGCAACGGACCCGACGAAGUGCCGACGAUACAUAUAGUCGACAACUUAGAGAUAGGUAGUAUUUUACAGGUGACCAGCGGGCAAGUGAGCGAGACCUUGGAGAGGCAAGAGACGGUAUCGUUUUUCCAUGAGAGCACGGAAGUCGAAGCUAGCGCGAUAACUCUCGAGACCGACAAGUUCAAGAAAAGCGACAAUGGUGGUGAGGCCAGUGGCGAAUCGACUACCACCAUCGAGUACAACGCAGACCUAGGAAAUCUCAGCAAAGAUAAGUACGUCGUCGAGAGCUCCUCUCCACCUAAGACGGCGGAGAGCACGUCGCAAAUGUCGCAGGUGAGCGAUGAUCACCAGGAAGAAUUGACUACCUUGGCCACACCUGCGAAGGACAACUUGGACACCACUCAAGGCAUCAACCUGAAGAAACAAAGCAGUUUCACAAGCGAGGAAUCUCAUAAUCCGGAUGAUAUCAGUCUGCCGGAUUUGCCUACGUCCGAGUGCACUCCGAUCUCCACCACUCUCAACACGCCCAUCCAUUCCGACAGCGAGGAGUCGUCGGAGCGCGUGCAGGAUCUCACGAUAUCGACGAAUCCGAUAGAAGUCGUGCAGAACAGUCCUAUAAUUAGCUUCACACAGUCGCCAAUGCGAGGUGAGCCAUACGAUCACCUGAGCGACGACGCCGAUGGCGUGAAAAGUAAAUCAGCUGACUCACUGGAGAGCCAGUAUCAAGCAAACAAUGGUUUCAACGAUGACGGGAAUAAUAACAUGCCUAACCACGAUAACGUGCUUAAUACAUUUGAAUUUCCCACAAAUAAAUAUGAUAAGAAUGGAUCUACGAUGACCAUGAAGCGUAACAAUAAGGAGCGCGCGGGUUCAAGCGGAAGUAACGCCUCGGUAGAUGACGAAAAAACGUUUCCACUGAGCGCCGGCACGGCGAAUGCGACGAUGACUGGCAUGUGCAUGACUUUGACCUCUGGCGACUAUGAAUUAAAGAUCACGUCAACCGGUAUGCAAAGCAAGACGACACGAGAUGAUAAAAAUUCAACGGUCGGCCGGCGCGCAAGCGAAUCUCAAGCUGCUGCCAACGUGAGUGACGAUGCGCAAGAAACGCGUAAAAAAUUGCGAACGCUUUCGGAGACAGGCGUGAAAGCUGCGCUCCGAUACGACGAUUCGGCGGAAUUGGAUGAGGCAUUGCAGAAUAUCGCAACGAGCAAUUCAGCGCCCGUUGGCGAGCGCGAUGACGCCCCGGCUAGAGACGAUGUUAAUUACGCCGAUGCGUACGAGGCGCGUUUGCUGAAACCGGCUAAGAGCGAGGAUAAGUCGUGUGUAACGUUAUCUGCCAGCAAGAGAAAAUGUAUCUCUACCGAGUCGGCUCAUCAAACAAUAACAGCGAGCUCAAGCACGAUAGAUUUAUCACUGGCGGGUGAUGCAACGUCGAGAGGUUCCAGGCCUCCAGCGGCGGAAGAUAGCUGUUCGACGAAGAUCGUAAAAAGUAAUCUAUCUACGUCACAUAGUACAAAACAUCCCACUACGUUAGAUAAUGAUAAAUUAGGGAAAAACGAGGCGUCCGCGAGAGGGGACUUUUCGGCGGAGAGGAGCGGCAAUAAGUUACUGAAGGUCGAUACGAGAGAUUCGAGGAGAUCUCGGCACGUGAGCCGGCACCCGGACCGGAAAUCAACAUCGAGUAAUCGAGUGGAUUCUCAUGAUAAGAAGGGCUCGUCCGAAAACACCGUGGAGAAAUGCAAUGAGGCAAUUAUACAUCACAAUAAGCAUACUCAAGAAGCGAAUAGGCACAAGGCCAAGUCCUGCGCCGUCAAAGAUCUCAAGGAAUGCGACGUCUCGCGAAAUGAGUCGAAAAGGACGACGGGCAACAACGUCGACGAGAAUCGGGAGAGACUGCGGCUCUUGAAGGAGUACAGAAGAAUAAAGUACAAAUCGCCCAGUGUCGCGGAGGCUUCAAGCAAAAGCAAAGACACGCAGGAAGUUUCCGACUAUAGGGCGAGCAAGAAGUGUCAUUCUGCGGCGAACCCCGACGAACGAUCUGUGGCGCAGCUGUUGAAUGACAAACAACUGUGUCAGAAGGACGCGAGCUUCAAGUCGCUCGAGGAACAAGAGAAGAAGCAGGCCGUUCUGAAAACGUUCGUGAGCAAGAAUAGCAACUCCGACUUCGCGAUUCAAGUGACGAAUGUCAAUCUGAAACUCAAGGACAACGAUCACCAGAAGGAGCUGCAAUAUUUAGGGGAAGAAGCGAAGAAUAGCGGUUCCUUGGACGCGAUCAAGAUCGAAAUCAAUGUGUCGUGCUCGGAACGAAACACGAAGGAGAAAUUGCUGCACGAGAACAUCAAGAAUGCCGUCGCCGAAACGAUUGGCCACUUGACCAGCUCGAUAUCGAGCGGAACAAGGUCAGGCUCGACGAAUCUCAUGGAGAUUCAGUGCGACAAGAAGAUAGUCUACGACCAAGCGGCGGAUUCGCGCGGCUACGAGAGACAUGAUCGAUCUCCGAUCGCUUUGACGGAAUCUCCAUACGACGAUCUUGUCCACAAGUCGGAUCAAGACAGCGUGAAAGCGCUCAAGUACAAGUCUGCGAACGCCACGUGCAAAGAAGAUACGACGAACGACGAGGCAUCCAGUUCAUUGGGCCCGAAAAUGAGAAGGAGCAUAUCGUCGGAACAGGAAGUAACUAACAACGUGUACGAGGUCAAAGGCAAUGUUAAUGUCGAGACUGAGCCGGCAGCGAGUGCCUCGGAGACUCCAAAAUCGGAACAUGUACUGAUUAGAAGGAGAAGCGUGCACCAAGAUACUGAGAGAAAAGUCAUUACUACCAAUUUCCCUAUGACCACCGAGGAAUCGAAGACCUCUGCAGAUAAUUCAUCGCAUACAGGAUCAACAUCAAAAAACAGUAACACGCAAAAAAAGGAGCAUCAAGAAGCAACUACUGCUUUCCUAUGCAAGAAUGCGAGAAAUUCACAGGACAGUGUCGUGUCUAAGUUAAACGCGGGUGCAUCGACCUCUUCGAGUACAGCUGACCUUGAUUUAGAAAGCGUCGGUUACGACAAUAAUUCUGCGCAUUUCGAUUACAAUCAUUUCGACAUAGCCGCGAAUGAAAAUGCGGAUGCCGAUGACAAGCGUAUGGACAGGUGGAAGCGACCGAGGAGGGACGACAGCAGAUUUAACAGUUUGGACCUGUAUGAGACCGCCAGUGGUUACAUGAACCCAAUUUUCUUCAGCGUGGAUGAGCUGGAGAACUUGAAUUCAGUGCCCGUGUAUUCCACCAAAGACGGGAAGAUCACUUACAGUCCUAAUCCCCGGUUUACAUACUACGAGUUGCUCAUGGAAGCUCGCGCGAAGGAGGGCUAUGGUAACACCCGUGACUCGUAUUUCGCGAGGUCUCCGUCGUUCGACUAUUACAAUUGCUCAAAGUUGCGAAAAGUGUUCAAGAAGAGUCGUGAGGUCGCCGCUGCUCUUAGGAAAAGAGAGGUCGAUCUAAACACCGUCGAUACUAAACAACAGUUCACAACGAAGCAUGCCGAUUACCUGCCGAGUAAGAACGCCCAUCACGUAAAAGCCCGGAACACGUUACAUCUAGAAUUCUUCAACGAUGAUGCGGACAAGUUGUAUAUGAGCAGGAACGAUCAAGAAAGUAAAGAAGGCAGCACGAAGAACAUCGUAGACGUAAACUUACUCGAGAAACAGUGUAAGGCCGGAGAAACAGUGCCGGAUGGCGAGCCCGCAUCGAAUAUCAAGCACUGCAAAACGAAAGACGAGAAUCUCGAUUAUGAGAAAGGAUACAACGAGAGCUCCGUGUUCGACCCGAACAAAUUUCUAGAGCCGAGGACGCUCUGGGAAGGACGUUGGGAAGAGACCAUGGAGUCGGUGAAGUCGUACUCUUCCCACGUUGACAGAAGGAACAGCGGCAAUCUCAAAGAGCUGAAUUUCAGUGAGAUAUUUGUCAAGCAGGAACGGCUGGACUCUUCUUUGCCGUUCCUGCAUACGAAGCAAGAAUCUCUCGACGGCAACGGCGAUCACAAUGCGAGUAACAACUGCGACACGGCAAACGAACCGCCGACGUUGGCUCCCACAACGUGUAGCCACACCAGCGACGAUUUGCGUUUAGUUCGGGACGAUGAUUCACUUUACGAGCAAUCGAAGCUACGAGCCGUCGCGUGUGAUGAGCAGGAAGACACAAAUAAUAAUCAGAACGUCGUGUUGUCAACAACAGAAGUUAACAAUAAACAACAAGUUAACAAGUCACUGAGCGUCGAGCACGAUGCAUCGUUACAUGAUGAAUAUACGAAGAAGCAACAUUCUCAAUUCGACGAAGUCGAAACCGCCGCGAUUGUGUUCGCCAAAGAAGCACCGUCCUGCGCUCCUGAAGUUGUGGACAAUGAAGUUUGCGUUUUAGGAACAGACCAGGGCCCUGUUAGUCACGUCCAGGAAACAUUCACGGAAUCCUUAGUGGCCGAUGAUUUGCUUGUGCCUUUGAACGAAGAUAAACUUAGCGUCGAGGAUACAGCCGCGAAGGAAAUUCCAGAUAAAAAUUCUACCGAAGUCACGAGUCCGUCGAAAUCGAAUGUAAAUUGCGAUUAUCCGCUGGAUAAGCCAAAAUGCACAGAAACGGUAGAGGAAGUGCCUAUACUUGCUGCGGAUGAACAAACCGACGAAAUCAACGACUCUGCGAAGAACAAUUCAGAUUUCAUUGCGGACGACGAGGUUGUGCACAAAGAGGCCUUGAAAUCGACUCCAGCCGAUCGCGAAGAAGAAGAGGAGAAACCGAAAGAAGUUCCACAGAAUCAAACUGCCACAGAAUCAAAUGUCACAGACGAAAUCUAUUUCAACGAUGAAACGAACGAGCGAAACAACUCGCAUGACAAAGAAAAUUUUACCUUGUGUGGAGAAGAGGAGCUAAUCACCUCGCGGAAUCCACUUGAUGUCGUCAUGGCUGUAUCGCGACCGCUCGACGAAGAGAGCGUCGAGCAAAAGUCGCAGAAGCUGCAGGACAAUGAGCAGUUACCUGAGAACUCGUCGAAGGACCCAGGAAUCGACGAGGUGGACUGCUGCAGCUCCACGGUGUUGUUCGAGUCGACCACUACGUUGGAUCUACAUUCGGUGCGGCCGGAAGAGAACGUGUGUGACAUAUUCGCAAGUGAGAUGCGUGAGCAGAAUAUCUCAGAAUUCACGGUCAUCAAGACCAUUAUUAAAGCUGACAAGCGGCAGUAUGAGGAGUCCGAGACAAGGGAGACUACCAAGGACAACGACAGCAUAAUGGACACCAAAUUGCUAUGCAUGGACUCCUCCGAUUGUGUGAUCUACCCGGAGGAUCGGUGCGUCUUGAUGCAGAUAUCCGAGCACGACUUCACCGAGGAUGAUAGCAUGGUGCUGAUGGAGUGGGAAACCAGCCAGAUCCAGGAAGACGCUGUCAACCGUCUGUGUGGCAUCAACGAGUCGUCGAUCGACUUCGCAGCUGCGGCAAAUUCACUGCGCAGCGAAGAUAACUCGCUCUUGGACAAUUUGUCUCUGUCGAGGCCCGUGAUGAAGGAGUCGCAGCUGUUGGAGUUGCCAUCCGAGCUUGAGAAUAAAUUAGACGAGUCUGCUGUACUUGAUGAGACGACGGCGUUGCCACCGCCCCCGAUGUUAGAGAAAUUCAAAGUAACGCCGUGCGAUCACGAGAACAGGGAACAAAAGGAGCAGAAUCCAGUUUCUUCCAGUAGUUACGAGAAUGUAGCAUACCUGCGCGCGACGGAUUGCAAUGCUAACACGAAGAUAAUCCCGAAGCUCGUCAUCAAAAAAACCGACGUCAGCUCAAAGUUCGUUACGAAGAUGAGUCCCUCUUCCUUCACAGACAAUGUCGCUAAUAAGUCCGUCUCGAGACCGAGUUGUCAUCCGAAGAUACCCAAGAUGAUCAUCAGGAACGUGAAGUCUCGCCCGGACACACCGUCUAUCGAGGCAGUUCCCGAUAAAACUUUAGUUCAAGUGAGCAUUUCCGAACGGGCUUUGAUUACGAAGCAUGAAACGCGAGAAGAUCUGUACGAAAACGAUUCCGAGAGCUCUUUGCAGGAUCCGGGUAGCUCCAGGAACAAGAUACCUAAGAUGAAGAUCAAACUGGACGUCAGCAAGAUCGUGAGGGACGAAAACACCGCGGAGCUUUGCGUGAAACGCAAGAGCAUGAAGAAAACUAUCCCAAAGGUAAAAAUAAAAAACUCACCGAGAUCUGACCCGUCGGAUAAUUCGAUCUACAAUAGCACGACUUCCCAGGAAUCGAGGAAUCUGGAGAGGCACGAGGAGAAGAUACCUAUAUUGAAGCUGAGGAAGCAGGAGAGGAACAGAUCCUCGUCUCCGGAGAUGUUACGAAAGAGACAGAGCUCGAGCCACUCGGAUGUGCCGACGAAGAGGUACAAGAGAUCGGGAUGCGACGACAUCAUGGGACAUUCCACGCGGCGCAGUAACAGCGACUCCGCGCGAACAACUACGGCGAAGUGCGAAAUGAAGAGGGAUUCGAUGAUCGGCAUUUCAGAGAAGAUACCGAAGGUCAUCAUCAAGAGAACGUCGGCCAGCGCGGAGUUCAAAUGCGAGUUGAGCAAGAGCGGCAAGAAUGUCAUCGCGAAGAGCUCCAAGUGGCAGCCGAAGGUGAAGCUGGAAAGGUACAGAAUUCUGGACAGCAUGGCGAAGGACCUCAAAUCCUCUUCUUCCUUAACUCCCGUGUCGCUGCGAAUUAUCGAUAAGAUAUUCGUCAGUCGCAAGGAUAACUGGCGAAGAAGGGAGCACGAUCAUCAUGAUUGCCAUAAGUUAUCCAGGUCGAAUUCGACGUCCGACUUACUUCCUGUCAAGUGCAAGCAGAGGAGGAUGUCGGAUUAUGAUUGCAGGAAGAUCAACGGUGCGUCGAAAGACGAUUUACGCCGUACGUCGUCGCGAGAUGCGGACUCCAAAGAUACCAAGACGCGCACCACACCGAAGAAAAACACGCCUACCAAAGAUCACGGUAGAUCGACCGACAAUUAUCACAAGGACGACAAACGUAGAUCGCGGUCCCGCGAUAAUAACUUACGAACGGAGGCCAAGGUUAUUCCGUCCGAAAAAGAGACGAUCAAGAAAGAUAAAUCGGCCGUUAAAAUAUCCAGCUUUAAAAAAGUUAUCUCUCAAUGCAAUAAAUGCAAGAUUGAUGGCUGUGAUGUCAAGCUAGAAAAGGUAAUGAAAACGGAAGAAGACACGUCGAGCUCGGUUAAACUCGACCGGAAAAAUCCUCCGAAGCAUUCCAGCUCUAUGGACUUUAAGACCGCGUUGAAGGAGUUAAAGGCGACAUCUGAGAUGGAAAAUUGUUCCAUGAAGUUGUUCAACUUGAGCGAAAUAUCCUCCGAAGAGAUCGAACCGCAAGAGGACAAGGAACAAAGCAAGAAGGACGAUCCUUUCCUGUGUAAAGAUGAUGAUAAGGUCACGAUCAAAGAGCAACUGAAUCCCGAUUAUAUGGACAUCGAGUGCACCUUGCAAGACGAUGUUAUUUCGCUCAAGGAAGAGCCUAUCUUGAGCGACAUUAAAAUGGACAAUAACGCUGUCAUUAAGAUCGAGUCUUCGGAUGAGAGUCAAACAACCAUAGAAAUCUUGCCGGCAUCACCUGAUGAUAGCCACAGCGAGCUGGAAAGUCACAUCAUCGACGAUGGUGAGAGCGAGCAAUUGUAUUCUGCGGAUGCUAUUCCGACCCAAUUCGAGCUGGAACUGGAGAUCGCGGACAACAGCGAUCUUGACCUGCUAGACAUGCCGAGGCUCAACCCCGUCGCCUGUUACAAUGCACGUCGCACGUCCGCCGAGGAAUACUAUGGUAAUCCAACCUCGAAGGCAGGACUUUACGAUAGACCUGAACCUCUACAUUGCAAUAAGAAUCCGCUCGAGAAAGAUAAAUACGUGGAAAUCAACGUAAAAAGCGACGACAGGCCCGUGUCGGAGUCUAUGAAAUCGAUCGGUUGCGUCGAAGAGACUCCUUCGAAGUUCCCGUGCAGCAAGGGAACAGAUUCGCAGAGUCUGUCCAGGGAGAAAUUCUGCUGCAAUGAUUCCUUGGUAAAAGAGGUGUUGGCGGCCAAAGAGACCUUGAAGAAGUGCCUUUCGAAGUCGAGAUGCGAGAACAGCCCAAAGCCGAAGACAGCUGCGGAGAAGAAACAAGGCUCGAGUUUUGAUCUCAACAGUCUCUCAGAGACGUAUCCUAAGUCGAGCGAUGCUUCUGAAAGUUGUCACGGUGAUGUUACGCUACAGACGGGCUCUAUACCUGCAGCCAGUAAACAUAACAACAAGACUGAGAGUAUAGCUAACGCCAAAAAGUCUGAUAAGAAACAUUCCAAACCGAGUAAAAGUGUCCUCGCAAAGAAGAAGAUAAAACCGCCUGAUAAGAGGGACGAAGAACUUCGCCCUACGCUCACUCGUAUGAAUUUCAAAGAAAUAAGGGAGGACGCGCACGAGUGCACCACGAUAUCGUUGAAGACGUACAAGCGGCUCGGCCAAGUGGCAGUAUCGCACGAAAACUCAUCUUGCGUUGUAAACUUGAGCGAGAAGAAGAAAAAGAAUCCAGGGGACCAAAAAGACACCGUGCCUCAGUCGCCGCAAGAUACACCGCGAAAGGAGGGGAAUAAGAUAUUAUCUUAUAAAAUUCCUAAAAUUUCAAGAUCUGUAGAUCAGGGGAGUAACGCCAGUGGCAAAGCGAAGAGAAUCAAGUCUAAAGAGGAUAACAUGCCGACAUUAGAGCCCGCAGUGAUCGCGAACUUUGACACUGGCUUGGACAGAGAUAGUUCCAGGUCACCGCCGGUAAUUACGAAUCAGGAUUCCGCAGACGUCGACGUGACCGCGUCCAAGCUAUUGGACAAUGACAAAGUCAUAACAUUAGACAAUAAAGUCGAUAUGAAGGACGUCCAUAAGAAAAGUGAAAUGUCCAUCGCCGAUUUUGUCAGUCAGUUAGCUUAUCACGAGAAGGCGACGAUAAAACACAGACGAUACUGUAACCUAUGUGAGAGAUGGUUCCCCACAACAUCGCGGCACCGACGCCACUUAGCUGGAUAUCAACAUCGCCAUAUUGAGCUGACACAGCGUAGAAGCAUUCACACACUGUUCAUGCUGUUCACGGGCAAACCUUGCCCCAGAUUAAUGCCGGCAAAUGUCGUGCGAAACGAUUGCUCCGUAGGUGAAUUAACGCCGUUGCAAAUCGCGGUACAGGAUGUCACAAAAAGUUUCGACCAUACAGAGCAAAGUCCAAAGAAGCAGAACGACGUUGAUAAAUAAUCAGUAAGUUAACUACGCGUAUAUACAAUUACUGUGAUCGUAAUUAUGGCUUAUGACGCAAUCUCUUGCGAGCAUCAUCAGCGACGAUAACUAAGAGAUGAUAUGAAUAUUUUAUAUUCUCAGCUAGAUCAGUACGCAGUUUACUGUGCUACUGUUGGCGUCGGCAUCGUAACUUUAACUUUUAAAAAACAAACUCUUCACAAAGUCCACUGAAUUAGCUAAGUCAACCUAACCGAUGAGGGUCAUCAUUAACAGAAAGUUACCCGAAAGACAAUCUUAG